CCGAGGAUCCUGUUCCUUCAAUAAAGAAGCUGUUUGUUUCCUGGGUUUUCAAUGGUUUCCCUAGAUAAUGACUACCUCCUAUUCUCGAGCUAACUACCUGAUAAUUAAUGAAGCGGGUAAUCAGCCUGGACGUUACAGGUAUUUGGAAUAUCUGUCUAACAACCAUGAAUUGGACAUAGAUUUUGAUGCUGCACAUACACAUUGUAGUACCACUAGUAUUUCAGCUGAAUACAUGUGUUUACGGUUCUCCCCACCAACCUCAGUUUUGGGGCGUUCUAACUGUUCAUGAACUUCUAAAACCUUUAACAAAAAUACAGGUCAGUAAGAAAAGAGAACAUGAAGUUUAUUAUAUGUAUUCACACAACACUAUCAUUAUCUGCUAUCCCAGAAACUGAUGUGUGAAGCAGUUGGGUUAUUUUAUUUAUCAUGUUGUUAAUUUAAAUCUUGUCUGUAAUCAGUAUUUCAUAUAUAAUUAUAGAUAUGUGCAGUGUAGAAGUGUGAACUCUGUCAGUAUUACUAGUAGUACUUCUAAAUGAUUGUUAUUUAUUUUCAUUGUUAUAAUUAAUUGCCUGUUAACAUGUACAUGUCCCCCCGAGGGCCCUUGAUUGGUGAAUAAACUAAUAUAUAUAGAGGGCGCUGUCCUUUAACGCUGCACUGCCGGCAAACUCCGCAACUUCUGUUUGGCAAGAUGUGUUCUGUGAUCUUUUGACAAUGUCACACUAAGGUUAGUCAUUUCAGUAUUGCAAGAGUUAAUGGAAAUCACCCAAGGUUACGUCAGAAUACUGGUCCUCAUUUUCUUUACACAUGUACAAAUAAUUCCUGAACUAGUAUAACAAAAAUUCGUUUGCAUAUCAUUUCCAGAAUGACAGUACAUACUGGUGUCACAGCAGAUCUAAAUUUUCAUUACAUCAGAUUGAGAGAAGGGGCAGGAAGUGUCUUUUCUAUUUGGACAUUCAUGCAAUAUCCAUUAUCAAUAUAACAAAGCAUUAAGCAUCCUCUUGAAAGGAACCAUACCUUCAUGGCAUGUACAACAGCCUCUGGCUUGGAAGGGGUCUCUACCAGUGUGCCGGGCGUGCUGGGGGCAGAUGAAUGCUGGUCACCACCAUUCUUCCCAACUGGUGUUCCUCUUUGUUCAGAAGAAAGCUGGCCCUGCUUAAAAUUUUUCUUAUUCACCAAGGGAGGAUAACUCUUCAAAAAGUCUCCAGUGUAAAAAGCAAAUUGCGAGUUUGACAACGAAGCUAUACAUAUUGCUUGGAACUAUGGAAAACGUGGUUUUACCAAAUAUACAACACCGGUAUCUUUUUUGACAUCAUAGACCUUCAUCAUCAUGUACUCCAAUGUCAGCGGAAGCAGCGAAGCAUUGCGGGAACUUUCUUCCAGUCUCAGUAGUGUUUCUAUCUCAACUUCCGCCACUGUAAGGAGUUCGAGUACCGUUCAAAGAAAAAUGACUGCAAUUUCCGAGGAACCAGGAAUAACCCGAACUCCUCGGACCGUAUUGAAAGAGGACAGUCAAUUUGAAUGGUGUGGAUUGUGUUUUGAUGAUUAUACCGACCCUCGAAUGCUUCCUUGUUUCCAUAGUUACUGCAGCAGGUGUCUGAAAGACUACAUAGAUCAAACUGAAGAGUGUGGUCACUUCACAUGUCCGUUAUGUAAAUUCAAACACCCGGUCCCCGUUGACGGGGUCCAGGGUUUCAAACCCAAUAUUUAUAUCACAGCGCUACAGGCGACUAAAAAUAUGCAAGACACAUUUUGUGAGACAUGCGAUGACAACAAAACACAUGCAGAAAAUUACUGUUUGGAAUGUAAACAGAAUUUUUGUGCCAGAUGUGGAAAGAUUCAUUUGAAAAUGACCAUGUCUAAGUCUCAUCAUUUGGUCUCGGAAAAACCCGACGAACACGGUCAGAAAAUGACGUCACGUUCUUAUUGCGAUCAGCAUAAGCAGGAAAUCAACAUCUUUUGUUUCAAAUGUAGAUUGCCCAUUUGUUCGAUUUGCAGAGAUGCCGCUCACGAACUCCACAAUACACAAGGCAUAUCAGAGUUUGCGAGUGAAGUAAAGAAAGAACUGGCCGAUUCGGUGAAUCUUUUGCAGAGUUACUUGCCGUCACUUAAAGAUAGACUAAAAGACGUUGAAACCAAUGAAAAUGCCUUUUCAAAUGUGAGAGAAAGUUUGAUUGCGCAAGUUGAUGCACGUUCUGAACGGUUACAUAAAGAAAUUGAUGAUCUAAGAGAGAAAUUUGUCUUUCAGAUAAACUCUGAAAUUCAAAUAGAAGAGGAUAGGAUAGUCAUUUUCAAAAAUCGAGUGGCUGAGGCAAUAACGUUUGUCACAUCCCAAGUAGCGGCGGCGAAACAUUGUAUCGAUUUCGGCUCAAAUCAAGACAUAGCCGUUAGCAAAGAAACGUUGCAAUUUCAUUUGCAAGAAGCGUCAAAAAUGUUACCAGUGGGUUUCAUUCCUCGCUUUGAACUGAACUUUACAGAACCACAAACGGAAGAAACGAUAGUCCCAGAUAUGUUCGGAGCAGUCUCAAAACAAGGCACUACAACUGUAACAGUCACGGAGUGUGGUCACUAUAAGGUCCCAGGAAUGCAUCUGAUUCGCGGGAUUGCACCUGUAUCGGGGGGAAGAGCAUGGGUAGUGUGUGGAUUUGAUCCUCGUCUUCACUUCAUAAGCCGCGAAGGUACUCGAAUACGUACGAUAAAACUCGGAAAUGACGUUGACAUCGAUUACAUCACUUCCGACGACCAUGACAAUGUGUAUAUUUCAUGUCGGAAGAAUCGUUGCAUUAAGAUGCUGAAUAAGGACAUUAGAAUUCGUGACAUGGUACUUUUGCAUGACUUUCCGAGAGGUAUAGCUCUAUCGCAGAGUGGGGAUCUUCUCAUCUGUCUCACAAAGUCCAGCACAUAUGACGCCUAUCGACCGACGGAUAAAAAUGUCGUCGUGAAAUACUCAAAAGUGGGAAGCAAGGUUGUUGCAGAAUUCGAGAGAGCAAAUGUCCAGAUGAAGUACCCACGAAGAAUCGCCGAAAAUCUGAAUGGUGAUAUUUAUGUUUCUGAUCACAAUGAAGGGUGUGUUCACAUCCUCUCUGAUGACGGGAAAGUCAAACGUAAAUACACGGGCAUGGAGUCCACCAAACUUGGCGAGCCAUGUGGGAUCACGUGUGAUCGCUACGGUAACGUGAUUAUCGCGGACUAUAAAAGCAAUUGCGUCCAUCUGUUGGACCAGCAGGGACAGUUUGUAAGUCACCUCACUAAGUCAGAUAAAACAAUCAAGCAGCCGUUCUCCGUUGCCGUUGACAAUGAUGGCUACCUGUGGGUGGGCGGCAGCAAUGGAAUGGUGAAGAUAUUCCAGUAUCUUUUGUAAAUUUUAAGUUGUUAUGAAAUCUUUGUAGACAAAAAUGGCAUAAAGAAUAUAAAGAACAGAA